UCCGUCGCGUCGAACGUCGCAGGAGCCGCAUAACCAUUUUUACACUGCGACCGGACGGUAGGUAACGUCUUGUCCGUUCGAGUACCGGUCGACAAUAAUUCGUCGACAGAUCGCCACUAUUCGUGCGACGCGUUCGUUCGUUUUCAUCGCAUCAUACCCACGGUGUUUGUGGUUCGCCGCGCAAAAGGACAUAAUGAGCAUACAGGACUUCUUCCGAGGGCGUAAUGUCCUGGUAACCGGUGCGACCGGAUUUAUGGGCAAAGUUUUAAUCGAAAAACUAGUUCGGUCCUGUCCAGGUAUCGGUAAAAUCUGUCUUUUGGUGAGACACAAAAAAGGAAAAGACAAAGCUUCUAGGAUCAAUGAAAUUUUGGACGCUCAAUUAUUCGACACGAUCAAGGAACGAAGUCCCGGUCUCAUGGAGGAAAAACUGUUUCCCGUGUUGGGCGACAUGACCGAACUGCGACUCGGGUUGUCGGACGAGGAUUACGGGUUUUUGGUGGAAAACGUUUCGGUCGUCUUCCACGUGGCCGCCAGUGUCCGUUUCGAUGAGCCGAUACGAGAUGCGACUAUCAUGAACGUGAGGGGAACGCGCGAAGUCGUGCAAUUGGCUAAGCAAAUGAAACAUUUAGAAGUAUUGUUGCACGUGUCGACUGCGUAUUGUAAUUGUACCAGAGAACAUGUCGAAGAAAAAGUCUACGAAUCGCCAGUCGGUUGGCGAGAAGCAAUCUCGAUCGCUGAAAAUCUGGAUCCGACUAUGAGCAGUAUUCUAACCAAAAAGUUUUUAGGAUCGUUUCCAAACACGUACACGCUGACGAAAUUACUCGCCGAGCAAAUAAUUAACGAAGAACGGAACAACAUACCGGUAGUGAUAUUCAGACCAUCGAUCGUUAUAUCGUCGGUCAAUGACCCCGUCAAAGGAUGGAUAGAUAAUUUUAACGGACCAAUCGGACUCAUGAUGGCAUGCGGCAAAGGGAUUGUUCGAGUGACAUACGGCGAUAAAUCGAUAGUUCCCGAUUACAUGGCCGUCGAUAUUUCCAUAAAAUCAAUGAUCGUAGCGGCUUGGCACAGAUCUAAAUCAAAUUGGUUGGAGUUGGACGAUGCCGUCCCCGUUUACAACAGUGCAUCUGUAUCGAAAUCGGUGUCAAACAAAGAACUAUUGGAUUUGGGCAUGAGAACUCUCGAACAAUAUCCAUUCGAUGAAAUGUUGUGGCGUCCAACGAUCAAGUUUACGACCUGCUUUUACUCCUACUACAUCUCCACGAUUAUCGAGCAAGUCUUGCCGGCGAUAUUUUUCGACGCGCUCUUGGACCUGAUUGGGAAACCGCACAAACGCUUGUUACCUUUGCAACAAAAAAUCUACGUGAUAACGAUGGCAUUGUCUUACUUUACCACAAAAUCUUGGAAAUUUGAAAACUCAAAGUUUUUGGGAUUAAUCGAUAAGAUACCAGACGUGGACCGCAAAGAGUUUGACUACGAUUUCAAAGAUAUAGACAUCACCGAGUUCAUAAAAAAUGCGACGAUCGGCUCUCAGAAGUAUCUGUUUAAUGUCGACGAGUCAAAACUACCGUUUGCCAGAAAACUAUUUAACCGAUUUGUAUGGAUGGACAGAAUCUUAAAAGCAUUCGGUGCAACAAUUUUGGUAUUUGUUUUAUUCUAUUUUAAUAUCAUACCAAGGGCAUUCCUCCCAAAUAUAUUAUGUUGUUUUUAAUUAGUUUAGUCGAAUUCGUGUUUUAAGGAUUGCAACACUUGUCGGGAAACGUAUUUUUUCAUAUUUAUUUAAUAUAGUAUAUGUGUGUAACUAUUCGGUUGAUUGAUCGUAUGAUUGUUCUUGUUUUUCGUUUAAAAAUAUUGUUAUAAUAAUAAAUACCUAGCCGUGGAUGUAAUAAUUAAGUGUUCUCAAUAAUUAAUUGAAGAACUCGUCGGUUCGACAUCGAAACGUCUUCAAUUCACACUAAUUGCCAGAAAUAUAGUCGUAUUAACAGUAAGAAAUAAGAAUCAAUGUUAUAAUA